AUGGAGAUGAGUUUUAGCAACCUCAAUGUUUGGCUGAAGAAGGAUGAACCCGAAGGAGGAGAUGCUCCAAAUCCAUCAUCAUCAUUAUCUACGGGUGGUAUCAAUGACGAAUUGAUGAUGGGUACCGGAACAACAAGCAACACAUCCACUCCAUCUGUUUUGAAAGAAGCCUUUCAAUCAUCCAAUAGCUUCCAAGAAAAAGAAGAAUCAGCCAUGUCUUCAGUUAAUAUAGGAAAGGAUAUGGACGAAAAAUCGGGCUCCGAGAAGAACUCUGAAGAUGUAUCAUCUACACCCACGGCCUGUUCUAUUGAAUCAUCAAAUAUCUCGAUGGAACUCCCAAAACAUCUGAACGAGAACAUCGUAAGCUCAUUGCAGUCCUUAGAUUUUGAAACAAGUCAGAAUUCCAUUAGACUAGAAAACGAGAUUUAUGUUCCCCUCAACUUUACCAAACAAAAGGUACAACAAUAUAUCCAAAUUUUGGAUGAAAUGAAAACCAAGUACGCCCAACAAACCCAAGUUGAAACAAAGGAUGAUCCUGUCCAAACCUCAGACUCGGAACAAGACCAUCAAUGUGAAAAAUGUCGUGAAAUUCUAAAAGAGAAAAAUGAACUCCUGGUAACAUUCAACGAGGAAUUCUUACUAUUGGAGAAAAUUAGAGAAAAUGAAGUGCAAUGCCUGAUCAACAAAAUUGAAUUCAACAAGAAUCAAUACAAAAUCAAUCUUGCCCGAGUGGAAAAGGAGGUGAACAAAUUGCUGCAACAAUUAGAAAACAAGCAUCGAGAGGAAUUGGCUGAAGUUUUGAAAGUUGUUUCCGAACGUACUGACAACUCUUCUGAUCUUGAAAAAGAGAAUCACAGGUUAACCAUUGUAAUUAAGCAGCUCGAAUCUGAAAAGCUUAAACUAAUAGACGCACAAAAAAAGCAAGAGGAAUCCCUCAAAUCGCAAGUUAGUGAUUUAUCUCAAAAAAUAUCGUCACUAGAAACGGUAGUUCUGGAGAAAACACACAUAAUUGAAAAAAGCGAAAAAGAUACCAGAAUGUGGAAGGAUAGAAACGAUGUUUUGGAAAAAGAAGUUGAAAGAUUAUCAAAUGCAGCAAAGGACUCUCAUGAAGCGUCUUUAUGGAAAGAAAAGUUCGAGCAAGCAGAAAGAGAGAUCGUACACAAGGAACGAGUUGAAAAGGAUCUAAUGAAAAAUAUCAAUAUAUUAGAGGAAUCUCUAAGGGUAAAAGAGAACACGACCAAAGAGAUCGAAGAAAAGUUGCAUGACGUUCAACAGGUCCUUUCGAACAUGGAAUCUGACUUUAACAAAGCUAAAGCAGAAUUACAGACUCUCAAAGAAGAAAGAGAGCACAUCUCGAAUCAACAUGCACCAUUGGAACAAGAGAAACAGAGAUUGACACUAUUAUUGGAACAGGCCACUAAAGAACUUGAAGAUAUGAAAACUCAUAAACAAGUUGAGCUGGAUAGGAUUAAAAAUAUUAUCAGGGAGCAGUAUGAAAAGAUAGAGCUGUUGGAACAAGAAAAUCAUGAUCUGAUCAUAAAACGAGCAUUAGACACACCUCUGGAUGUUGAGCUUGAUAAAUAUAAGAGGUUACUAACAAAAUACAAGUCCUCUAGCAAAAAGAACAAAGAGGCCUUGUCUGAGCUACAGGAUAAAUAUGAGAUACUGAUGAAGGAACAUUCAACCUUGAAGGAAGAUAGAAGUUUCCUUACAACAACUCUUGAAGAAACUAAGAUGCAACUUAGCCAGUCAAAUGUUCAUCUCGAGGAAAGAGAUCAUCACAUCCAGUCGUUACUACAGAAGAUUGAAAUUUUGGAAGAUGAAAUUUCUUUAUGUAAGAAUACGGAUCCAGAAAGAAGACACGAGCUAUUCAAGGAGCUGGAGAAAAAGCUUCAACAGGCUGUUUCCGAAAAGAUGCAUGCAAUCAAGCACAACGACGAUCUUAAAUACGAAAUUCUUGUAACAAAGCAAGAGCUUGAUCAAGAGAAAAAACAAGUGGCAGAAAUGAAGAAAAUUCUUCAGCACCAUGAACAACUCUCUCAUAAAGCUACUAUAUUGGAACUGGUGAAUUCUGAACUGAAAAAGAAUUCUGAGAUGGACACUAGAAAAGUAAGGUUGGACUAUGAAUCUAAAAUCAAGGCACAGGCAGAAAGAUACAAACAAUUGAAAGAAGAACACGAUAGAGCCUGCGCAUUUAAUGAAAAACUUUUUGAGCAAAUUAAUGUCACUAGAAGUAACAUUCAGAGCGUUGCUAACUCUGUAGAAAUGGUAAUAGAAGCGCUUAACUCAUCUCAAAGAGACGAAAACGCCCUUCAAAAAUUAGCACUUCAACUCAAAGAACAACGAGGAAUGUGUGGACAAAUCGAAAAAAGAAUUGUUCAUAUUCAAACAGAUCAAAGGAUGUUAGGAAUAGCUCAAAUGAAACAAAGGUUAAGAUUUAUGGCCAGAUGCAAACCAUCAAACGAAGAGCUUGUACAUAUCCAAGGAAAGAACAUUUUAUCUCUUGGAAGCAAGAAUUAUGAAUUUGAUUCAAUUUGUGUUGGUGGUCAAACCGAAGUUUUUAAUGAAAUUAAGGAUGCUGUAAGAAGCAGCAUGGAAGGUGAUGAUAUGUGUAUUCUAGCCACUGGACCAAAUACAUGUGGAAAAACAUAUACUCUAUAUGGUACAGCUAACGAGAAGGGUCUUCUUCCUCAAACUCUGGACUUUAUCUUCCAAGAAGCAGAAAGCUCUCGAGCAACUCAAACCACAACUGUCAUAUGCGAAGUGUCAGAGCUCGGAGAUGAUCUUCAGGUUACAACAAAAGACUUCACGGUCCUUAGGAAUGCUUCAUCUUUGGACUUGGUUCUUUCUAAUGUUGAACACGAAAAGAAAAGAGAUGAUUCACACUUAAUAGUGACUCUUAUGAUUGACAGAGUUUUCAAAGUCACAGGUGAAAGGCUUUCCAGCAAAAUUGUGUUUGUUGAAAUUUCUGCAACAAAAACAUUGGUGGAUUUACUCACCACUCAGCAUACAUCCAAACCCCAUUCUCUCAUUACAGUGUUGAGAAACUCAAGAAAGGCAUUCGUUUUUACGUGUAUUUGUGGUGAAAAAUCAAUGGAAAAAGAAAUGAUUAAUAUUUUAGACUGUACUUCUGAAAUUAGAAAACAAUAA